AUGUCUACCGAAGAGAAACCAUCUCUAUCAACAUUACCAACCGAACUUAUUUUUUAUAUUUUUUGUUAUCUUGAUGCACCGACUAUUAUUCGUUCAUUUCGUAAGGUUUGUAAACGAUUCUAUAAAAUUGUUCCUACUUAUGAUCGAUUUAAAUUUGAUUUCAAAUCAAUUUUAAAAUCAGAUUUUCAUUUACUUUGUAAUUUGAUUCAUCCUAAGAAUGUUGAAUCAUUGACACUUUCUGAUGAUGAUGAAACACCAGGACAAAUCGUAUAUUUUCUCUCAAUCUUUCGUAUUAGCCAAUUUACUCGACUUCGUUCGUUGACUCUAUUCGAAAUUGAUGAUUAUCAUUUAAGUAUUAUUUUGAAAGAUAUUAAAGCGUUGGAACUUAACUCACUAUCAAUUUAUUCAAAAAAAGAUUAUUCACAAGGUAAUACAAAUGUUGCUGAUCUAUUGCCAGUUACUUCUUUGCCUCGUCUUUUCACAUUCAAUUUUAAUAUUCAAAGUUUUGACGCAACUAACAUACUAUGGCCUUUCCAAUGUAAAAUAGAACAUCUGGAAAUUUAUUGUCAUACACUCGAUGAAUGUUGUAAUCUUUUUUGUCAUUUAUCUAAUCUACGAACGUUAGUUGUAGAACAAUUGAAUGUAGACGACAUCGAACAGACGAUUUCUAAACUUGCCAAUUUUGAACCGAUUUAUCGAUUGUCCUCGCUAACCUUCAAAUACUGUACGGUUGAUGUGACCAUACUUCAGUUGCUUCUAUCACAUAUACCUUCGCUAGAACAUCUUCGACUGAUGCGAUCAGUAAGUUUAAAUGAUUUUACAUCGCAUUUGUCUGAAUGGGAAAAGUUCGUUGGAACAAAACUGCCUUUAUUGAAUAAAUUCGAAAUUUUUCUCGUUGAUGAUCAGCCUGAUGUUCUUACUCAAGUCGAUACAGAAUCACUUGUAGCUUUAUUUCGAACACCAUUUUGGACUAAAACAAAAAACUGGCUUGUUAUAUGUGAUUAUAUUACUGAUAGAAGAAGUGUCUUUGUUUAG